AUGGCGGCGAGCGCGAACCCGUCGGGCAACAAUCAGGAAGGUUCGUCGGCGGCGCAGAAGGUGUCGUCUUCAUCGGCGACGGCUACUAAUGGCGGUGCUGUAAAUUCGGUCGAUAAUGGUGGCGGAGCGACGGAUAAUUCUCAGACGAUUAGCGCGUUGAGGCAUAAUCCAGGGAUCUCUGUCGAUUGGACUCAUGAGGAACAAUCCUUAUUGGAAGAUUUACUCGCCAAGUACUCGUCAGAAUCUACGAUUGUUCGUUAUGCUAAGAUUGCGAUGAAAAUGAAGGAUAAAACUGUCAGAGAUGUUGCGCUGCGUUGUCGAUGGAUGACUAGAAAGGAAAAUGGAAAGCGUAGGAAAGAAGACCAUUCGUCAAGGAAAAGCAAAGAAAAAAAAGAAAAAACUACGGAUUCUUCAGCCAAGUCGUCAUCUCAUUUGAAUGUGCAUCCUAAUGGUCCUCCAUAUGCUCCGCCUAUGAUGCCUAUAGAUACUGAUGAUGGUAUUUCAUAUAAAGCUAUUGGUGGUGUGAGUGGAGAUCUUCUCGAGCAAAAUGCUCAAAUGUUCAAUCAAGUUACAUCAAAUUUCUCAGCUUUUCAGAUACACGAGAAUGUCAAUAUUUUGUGCAAAGCUCGAGACAAUAUCCUCGCAAUCUUGAACGACUUGAAUGACAUGCCAGAAGUUAUGAAGCAGAUGCCACCUCUUCCGGUAAAGGUGAACGAAGAGCUGGCAAAUUCGAUCCUUCCUCGCCCGUCCCAUCAAAUGAAGUCGUGA